AUGGAGUUCGACGAUGAGGUAGAAACAUCGCAAUUUGAUGUAUACAGGCACAAAUUUGACGUAAUGAGCCGUCAGUUUCUUGACUACAUUACACCACAUAUAAUUUUACGUUGGAUUGCUGCUUAUAUCCUUGUGAUGAUCUUCAUGAGCCGUAUUGUUUGGGUUGAAGGCUGGUACAUUGUCUGUUAUACGUGGGCAAUCUUUUUGUUGAACAUGUUUUUGAAGUUUUUAACUCCAAAAUUCGAUCCAUCAAUUGAACAAGAUAUUCAAAAUGAAAGUGUGGAAGAAGGUACAAGUAAAAUGGAUGAAAACGACGAAGAAUUCAGACCAUUUAUUAGAAGGUUGCCAGAAUUCAGAUUUUGGUUGAAAACAACUGUUUCGACACUCAUUGCGAUUUUUUGUUCCUUUUUCAGCAUUUUCGAUAUCCCAGUCUUUUGGCCAAUAUUGGUUGUUUACUUCAUCAUUUUAUUUCUUUUGACUAUGAAGAGACAAAUCCAACACAUGAUCAAAUAUCGCUACCUCCCAUUUGACCUAAACAAGGCUAAAUACGCCUCAAAAAAAUAA